AAAAGCCCCGGCCAUGACGUCAGCAGUAAAACCUGCUCCGGCUGUGUGUCUGUCCGUCUGAAAGUGAAGUGUGUUUGGCGUGCUACUGGUGUCGGACUUUUACCCCGCUGUUGUCUUGUCUUCCGUUGAGUGUUAUUGUUGGCUUUUUUUUUACAACUUCACUCGCGAGCUUUUUACGUUACUAAUUUUGAAAACCCAGCCUCGUGGACGAUUUAUGGGACGUUUUUAAGAAAAGUUCCCGAAGUGCUUCUUUUGAGGAACCGGUGGAACGGCGGAAACCGCCAGAGAUGGAUAAGCUAACCGAUAGCUGAGUUGUUAGCCGAGAAUCACAGGUCAAGAAUAGGAUCAAGCUAGCAUGCUAACAGCUAGCUAAUCUAGCAUUGUAUCGGCUAACCUAAGUGACUUUGUAACGUCCGAACUUCUGCCGGUUAUUUCUCGGGCCUGGCUGCUAGCGUUACACCGUGAACACUGUGUCAGAGGCCAGCUAACCCAGGAAGAAGACUCGGGUCUGCAUUUUAAAGAAGAAAAGUGUUUUAUAGAGAGGUGGCUGUUCCGUCUUCUCAGCCCAAACCACAAAGCAUGCUGUCCAACGCACAGAACCAGCCACUGUUUCCCAACCCGUCGGGCCAGCAGAACUCCACGGGCCAGUUCCUUCCCUUCCACGUGAGACCCUCCUUACAGAUCAAGAAGAAUGCCAUAACAGACGACUACAAGGUGACCAGCCAGGUGUUGGGGCUGGGCAUCAAUGGCAAGGUGCUGGAAAUCUUCCAGAAGAAGACUGGAGACAAGUAUGCGCUGAAGAUGCUGCAGGAUUGUGCCAAGGCCCGUAGGGAGGUGGAGCUGCACUGGAGGGCUUCUCCCUGUGCCAACAUUGUGCGCAUCAUUGAUGUCUUUGAGAACCUCUAUCAGAGCAAGAAGUGUCUGCUUAUUGUCAUGGAGUGCAUGGAUGGUGGUGAGCUUUUUAGUCGAAUCCAGGACAGAGGAGAUCAGGCCUUCACAGAGAGAGAGGCAUCUGACAUCAUGAAAAGCAUAGGAGAGGCCAUUCAGUUCCUGCAUGCAAUCAACAUUGCACACAGAGACGUCAAGCCAGAGAAUUUACUGUACUCCUCGAAGAGGCCCAAUCCUCUGCUCAAACUCACAGAUUUUGGCUUUGCCAAGGAGACCACUUCACACAACUCUUUAGCUACUCCAUGCUACACACCCUACUAUGUUGCUCCAGAAGUUCUUGGCCCAGAGAAAUAUGACAAGUCAUGUGACAUGUGGUCAUUGGGUGUCAUUAUGUAUAUCCUGUUGUGUGGAUACCCUCCUUUUUAUUCUAACCACGGUCUAGCCAUCUCUCCUGGGAUGAAGAAGAGGAUCAGGAUGGGCCAAUAUGAGUUUCCAAACCCUGAAUGGUCCGACGUAUCGGAGGAAGCAAAACAACUGAUUAGGACCCUCCUCAAGACGGAGCCAACGCAAAGGAUGACCAUCACCGACUUCAUGAAUCAUCCGUGGAUCAAUCAGUCGAUGGAGGUUCCCCAGACUCCACUUCACACCAGCCGAGUGCUAAAGGAGGAGAAGGACGCAUGGGAGGAUGUCAAGGAGGAAAUGACCAGUGCCUUGGCAACAAUGAGAGUCGACUACGAGCAAAUCAAGAUCAAGACCAUCGAGGAAUCGAGCAAUCCACUGCUAACGAAAAGGAGGAAGAAAGCCAGCCACCCCACGCCGGACCCCCAGUCUUCUGCCCACUGAGAGUUGCACACACGCAUGCACAUACAGACACAGGUUGUAAAAAGGAAGCAAUAAUUUUGUCGACACGCGAGUCGCGUUGCAUGGGUUUUCUCAGCGUUUUAUUUUUCAUGGCGAAUGCUAAUGUUUCGUAGGAGUGUUUGUUUUUAUUACUCAACCAUUUUAACAAAACCCACCGCUCUGCUCUGGCAGAGAGGACGUUUGAUCUGUGUUUGUACACCAGUGAAGAGAUUAUGAAUUCUAGAAAAGGAGAGCAGUGGGAAUCGGUGAGAUCUCCCUCCUCUCCUUUCCCUAAUAUCAGGUUGUGUACUCAGAGGGGCUUGAAUGUUGGAAAAGGACAUGAAGCCUUAGCGUUAGCAGUAGUUCUAUCUUCAACCCGCCGCCCCUUUCUAGCUCUAGCCCCAAACCCGUGAAUGUUAAAUCAAAUGGCUAAAUCCCAAAAAUAAAAGCAAGGGAAGUUUUCUUUUACGUACGUGCAAAGUAAGCGGAUGUAUUUUGAACUGACGAGUGGAAUGUAAGGACUCUGUCCCUGAUUUAGCUGGUAAAGUGGGAGUGUCUGUCAGGUUCAGUUUGUCUUAGUGAAUGUCGAACAGAGGCCUAUGCACUCACAAGGGCCAUGUGCCAUUCUGACAGAGCACCUCUCUGGUGGCCCCUCUCUCCUACCUUCAUCUACGCUUGUGUUUCAGGUACAUAGUUUAAAGGGCAGAGAAGGACGCAGAAACUGGCUCCACCUUUCUCCCGCAUGUAGCUCAAAGGAGAGUAGGAGCCAACCGAUACUGUAUUUUUUCAUGGAUUUUAUGAACAUAUUAGCAUAGGCCUUACCGAGUGUUGCUAAAGCAGCAAAUGACUUUUAACCCCUACCAUUUGGUUCAGGGGUUUACCAAUGUUAUGCUUCCCAAUUUGUAACAUUGCCAGAUUAUAUUUCAAAUGAAUGCUAUGCAGAUGUUUGUCAGCUUGAAGUACUGCGAGGACCUUUCCCCUUUAGUGUUGAUUUCUGUUUGCAAAUGUGUUGGAGAGAUGUCGUUGAUGUGUUUUUAUGGAAGCAGUAGCAUACUCUGUAGGGAAUACAUGGUUCAGACAGACUGGGCCAUCUCUGAAAAGAUCACGUAGUUACUGUUGGUUUGCACCAGUUCAGCUGUCGGGAGGCUCAGUGGGACUCAUUUGUUCUCCCACAUUUCUCCUCCACACUUCCUGGAGGAUUGACAGGAAGUAGAACGUACUCCACAGCUGCUCCUCGUCUCUGAGCAGAAACUCUGACAACGCCACCAGCAAGCUGUCGUCACACUCGGACAGGAUGUGUCUGUCGGCUUCUCUCCGAUGUUCUUUUUAACGCAAUAGGACGCUUCCAACUCACAUGGGCUGAUGGGAAAUGAUUGUUUCAUUUUUGUCAGUUUCGUCCACUUCACUUUGUAAAAUCACAUCCACUUUACAUGUCACAUGGCACCUACACAUUUCUCACUGUAAAAAUGUUCAUUGAAUGUUUUUGACAAUGUUCCUCCAGUUUGUUUUUGUUUCUUUUCGUCCCCCUCAACGCCUUUUUUUUUUUUUUUUUUUUUUUUUUGUAGUGGAAGCACAGAAUUGUCCCAUUGAGUCUGUUAAGCUCCACCUGCCGUACUUUUGUCUGCUUCAGCUUUGGAUUAAAAAAAGACACAAACACAAA